AGCACCCUCACCCACAGAGAUAGGAACGGGUAGAGAGAUCGAGGAAGGGAGCGGUGCCGGGUGGACGCGGAGGAGAACUCCGCCCGCCCCAAACAGCUCCUCCGGCACGAGACCGGAAAUGCCUAUCCAGAUGGGGGCGGGCGCCACUCUACCCUUUAGUUGAUCUCUGUGCCUCGGCGCGCCCUUCCUCCUUCCACGCCGCGCGGCGCUGGUUACGUCAUCAGAGGCGGCCGCUUUCCCGGGGCGGUUGCUGGGGCAACGGGCGGAGACGCCGCGCGGCCUGCGGGGACGGGGAGGCGAUGCAGCUGCGCCACGUCCGGACCCUGCUCACCCCGCAGGUGGGAGCCGCCCGCCCCGGCCCCGCCAGCAUCAGCCUCCGGGGGGGGGGGCGGCCCAGCGAGAGGGCCGGGCCAGGCGGGGAAGGGGAUCCCGUGGCGGGGGGCGCAGAGUCCCGGACCCGCCGUGCGGGGCCCUCUCGGGGGUGGCGCCUGCCGUGGCUGCUCCGGCCUGAGCGGCGUCGCUGAGCCUCGGCAUCUUCCUCCUCCUCCCAGGAUGGGGCCGCCAAGGUCACGUGCAUGGCGUGGGCCCCCAACAACGCCAAGUUCGCCGUCUGCACCGUGGACCGCGUGGUCCUCCUCUACGACGAGCACGGCGAGCGGCGGGACAAGUUCUCCACUAAGCCCACCGACCCCAAGGUAGCUCAGCCAGCGCUCCCCCCCCGCGACUCAGGCUCCGGGGCCCUGCUCCGUCCCAAGGGGAGCCGCCAUCGGAGCCCCCGGGAGACGUGGCUCUGGCAGCUGAGCCCUUCUCAGCCCCGGUCGUUGUUGGGGGGGUGACCCCCAGAGCCUCCGGGGAACAGGUCCGCCUCAAGCCCCUCAAGGAAAGAGACCCAGAGCAGGCGACUUGCUCUAAGCAAGGGUGGCCCCCCAGAGAUGGCUGAACUGCAUUGUCCCGCCCCCCCACUAGCUGUGCCACCUGAGGCUGGUGGCAGUUUGGAGCCCCAACAGCACCUGGAGGGCAAGGGCUGCUGCAGAGCCUGUGGGUUCAGUCUUGAGCCCCAGGGGGUGGGGGAGAGACAAGCAGCCUUGGUGGCCAGCUCUGGGCUCCUUUGGGCAGGAGGACAGAAACGGAAUUUUAAAAAUACCAAACCGUGGUAACUUGGUUCUUUUGAAAUCCCGAGAGACAAGUGAUAUCCCAUAUGCUAUAGGACUUUCAAUAAGACACAUUGGAGACCAGAUCUGGGUUUAUAUACCUUUCAUGUAACAUUUAUUUCCUAUAGUCAAGUAUACAUUAAUACAUUGGUACCAAGAGGUUCAAACACUCACGCAUUCACACAAAUACUCACACAAGUGGCAGUAAUUCAGUUGAUAAGCAACACCAGGAGAAAAGUGUUUAAUGGCACUGGAGCUAUUGGGUCUUCCUGUACCUGGAGCUGGUCAAAAGACAAAACUGUCAUUGGGCAACACAAAACUGUGGGAUGAAGGUGUUGAUGCCUCCCAGCCCUCAGGUCAAGAGCAGCUCCUGAACUCAUAGCUUGCUGCCACACGUGUGUGCUCUCGGCUGCCCUGAUCCUCUGCUGGAGGGGGCAGAACGAUCCCUCAAAGCCCUCCCAAACCCAGGGACACUUCAGUGACAGUUGAAGGCAGUAGCAAGUAAACUUGCAAAGCAACUUAAACCAAAUACACACGACUACUCACUGUGGCGAUGGCAAGUGAGUCUGUGGAAUCUCAGAAUGGGUCCUCACUCUCGCCUUUAUCCCUGUGUCCUCUCGUCCCCUAGUAUGGCAGGAAGAGCUAUGUGGUGAAGGGCAUGGCAUUCUCCCCAGAUUCCACAAAGAUUGCUGUUGGGCAGACGGACAACAUAAUUUUCGUCUACAAGAUUGGGGAGGAAUGGUAAGAGUCUUUGCAUGGUGUGGGGAGACCAGUCUGGGCUGGCCCCUUUCCCCACUUCUUCCCAUUCCCUUUCCAUCCCAAGAGGAUGGAAGAGUCUAGCAUUCUGCUCUCACAGUGGCCUUUUCUGUAGUGUCCUUCCUGCUGCAAGGACAGCUGCCUGCACUCAUAGCCCAGGUGGCUGUUGCUGAUGGAGGCUUGCUUUCCCCUCUGGAGCCUCACUUGCUAGGGGGCAGAGUUGAGGGGGCGCAGUGCUCUUUACUGCUAGAUGCUCUGCAUUAUCUGAUCCAGUGGGAUGCCUUAGCAGCCCUGUGACAUGUUUCCUGGAACCACCACAGUGGUCUUUGAGGAUGACUCUUCUCUGUUUGCUCUUCUUCAGGGGGGACAAGAAGGUGAUCUGCAACAAAUUCAUUCAGACGGUAAGACCCAGCACCCAGUCUCCAUGUGCCUGCGGAGACCCUCAAGGCUGCUGUUGGGGCCUCCUCACCUCCAGGUUUUCAUUACUGGGCAGUUGGGAGUUAUCAAACUCCAGGGGAUGUGCUCAGUGGCUGCAGGGUGGUUCCUGGUUACAGAAAACAUGAGCCUUUCACCCCAGAACUCACCAACCGAGUUGCAGAUAAAGCUCAGUCCAGACAAGCCAAGGCCAAGCGCAGAGAACCAGUCUUGGUCCCAACAUGAUUCAGAGACAAAGUCUCUCCUCUCUUCUCUCCUGUCCUCCUUUUUUCUGCUGGGCAGGACCCCCCCUCUCUUGUGGUGCUGGAGGGGAGGGGGCAGCAUCAAAAGGGCUCUGUGAGAAAAGCCUCCUCUUCCAGACACCUCCUUCAGAGGAGCCAGGUGCCUCUUUACAGCUCCUCCUCCUUGAGCAGCCCAUCAGAGGUGGAGCUGGGCCUCCUACCUGCCUGCUUUCCUCCUCCUGACCCCCUUCUUUUUGCCCUGUUCCCCACCAGAGCGCUGUCACUUGCUUGCUGUGGCCGGAGGAAAACACCAUCGUCUUUGGGCUUGUUGAGGGCAAGGUAGGAGUGGCCUGGCCACCGGGCUUCCACCUCUUAGCUCUUGGAGUGGGAAAGAGCCCGCCUGGAGCCUCCUGCAGAGGAGUCCCUCCAUCUGGCCCUGACGUCUCCUGGGGCUCCGUCUUCUCCCUGGUUUGUUGCCCUGGAGGGAGUGUGGGGUUUUGGAGGUGCCUCUCCUCUCGCUUUGCUCCCUUGCACAUCAAAGGCUGACCAGACUUUUCUCUCUGGCAGGUUCGCCUGGCCAACACCAAGACCAACAAAUCAUCCACCAUUUAUGGGACAGACUCCUACGUCGUCUCCUUGGCCUCCAAGUGAGUGUGGGAGGGAGAGGAAGCCCCACGGGGCAGCCCUGACCCCCCCCCGCUCAGGUCUCUCUGACCUGAGGGCAAGGCCCCGCUGGGGCUCCCUGAUGACCUCCUUUUGUCUUCCUCCUUCUGCUGCCGCACAGCAUCUCAGGGAAGGGAAUCCUCUCUGGACACGCAGACGGAACCAUCGUGCGCUACUUCUUUGACGAUGAAGGCUCUGGGGAGUCACAGGUGCAGGCAGGCUCUCUUCUCUCAGGAGCCCCGCCCCCCACCCCACCUAGACCAGGCCUGCGGGGAGACCAGGGCAGGGGGAGUCAUAGAAUUAUAGAGGGAGAGGAACCCCAAGGGUCAUCUAGGCCACCCUCCUGCAAUGCACAAAAUGCACCCAACCUCUGCUUAAAAACCUCCAGUUAAGGAGACUGGUCACACUGGCUGCCUCUGAGGCAUGGAAGGGCCCCAGAGAGCACCUUCGGUUUGGGGAGGUGUUGGUGAGAGGGGAGAAUUAUUUCCAAGCAGCCGUUUUGUUGAGGUGGAUGGAGGGGCUGCUUUCAGCAGGGAGCUCAUGGGGGUGGCUGUCUCACACUCGUUUCAAAGCCCUUGUGUGCUCUUUGCUUGUGCCAAGCACUCAGGCAGCCCUUUAAAUGAAGCAGGGGGAGAUUAGUCCCAGCAAGGCUGCCCCCGCCACCCUCCAGCAAUGCCUAUUAUCCCACUAAAGUCUUUCCUGCCCUCCUGGUUUCCCACCUGCACCUCGUGGUGCAGUGCAGGCCUCCCCUGGCAUUCAGAGAAGCAAAACGUCAGGUGUUGCAACCCCAUCCCCUGGCUGUGCUAGGUGGGGAGAGCAGAGAGUUUGCCGCUGCCUAGGGGUCUCAGCUGGCUUUAGCACCAGGGGGAGCAGAUCUUUUUCUCUCUCCGGCUUUUCAUUGCUCCCUGUUUCUUGCUCCUGGUGCUGGACAGGGCAAGCUGGUGAUCCACCCCUGCCCCCCCUACGCCAUGGCCUGGGCCUCAAACAGCAUUGUGGCCGCCGGCUGUGACAAAAAGAUGGUGGCCUACGGGAAGGAGGGCCACGUCAUCCAGACCUUCGACUACAGCCGGGACUCUUCCGAGAAGGAGUUCACGGUGGCGGCAGCCAGCCCAGGGGGCCAGUCCGUGGUCAUCGGCAGCUUUGACAGGUGCGGCUGAGCCGGAGGGCCGGGACGGGGGGGUGGGCGCUGCGCUGGGGGGCAGGCCUGUUCCCCCUCGGACCCUCACUGCCUGCCCCCUUGAUUUCCCCAGGCUGAGGGUGCUGAACUGGAGCCCCCGCCGGAGUGCCUGGGAGGAAGCCAAGCCCAAGGAGAUCCCUCACCUCUACACCAUCACCGCCUUGGCCUGGAAGCGGGACGGCUCGCGGCUCUGCGCGGUGAGUGGGGCAGGCCGCCUUCUCUGCCGGAUCAUGCCCGCUUGAUGCAGCUUCACUGCAGGGCGUCUUGGGUUGGCGGGCAGGAAGGGUCUGAGGGGUUGUGGGCUGAAAAGGCUUUUGUUCCUGCAGGGCACCCUCUGUGGCGGAGUGGAGCAGUUUGACUGCUGCCUGCGCAGGAGCAUUUACAAGAAUAAGUUUGAGAUGACCUACGUGGGGCCCAGCCAGGUAUGUGUUGCGGCCGUAGGGUAGUGACUUAUGGCUGCAGUGGUGGGCUCUGGCCAUGGACUGUGGGGUGGAAGAAGGGGGAGGGGGCUGCUGAAGAGCACAUGGUUGCUGCUGGAGGGAGGGCAGGUUGCCCAGAGGAAGGCCUGUCCUGCUCCUUUUACUCCUUGCUGCUCUUACUCAGGAUAAGUGUAAGAAAAUGUUCUCUAAGCAAAGGUCAGUUUUGCUGCAGACCAAGAUGCAAGCAAGGUCCUUGAUUUGCCAAGGGGCCGAAAUCGUGAUGAGCAAACUGCAGAGGCUACACUCUGUUCCGAAAAAUUGUAUUAAAUACAGUUAGUGAGGUCCAAGCCAAUUUUCGGGAAAAUAAAAGCUGUGUCCAUCCAAAACUGUUCAUGAGCCAAAUAUUCAGGCCCAAGAAGGUUGACUCAAAGAAAAUGAGUAAGAGCCAUUUCCCAAACGGAGGGAGGAGCAAGGUCAAAGCAAGAACUCCAAGAAAGGGCCAGCUGGGCUCCAAAUCUCUGAAAGACGCCAGUUCAGCUUUGUUCAAAAGCCACCCCUUUCUGAGGAAGUCUCUCUUUUUUUUUAUAAGAUAUUUAUUAGGGUUUUUAAAACAUUACAAUAAAAAAUGAAAAAGAAAAAAAAAUACAAAAUAAAAAUGAUUAAAAACACUCAGAUUUUCUUUUGCUUAUUUUUCCUUAGCUUGUUUCCCGGACCUCCUCAUACCUCCCUUUUUUGUAUUCCAGUUCAGUUUGUUGGUUCAGCAAAUCCUUACCCUCUUUAUUUAUCCUAAUCUUUGGUCUUAAAAUAGUAACUUUAGAUUUUUAUCUCUUAACAACCCAUUUUUCAUAUUCCCUUAAAGCAUUACAGCUGGAAACCACUUAAUUUCUAUCCAACAUCGUUCUAACAUUCAUUAAUUUUACAAUAUUUCUGUAGAUAAUCUUUGAACUUCUUCCAAUCUUCUUCCACCGACUCUUCUCCCUGGUCUCGGAUUCUGCCAGUCAUUUCUGCCAAUUCCAUAUAGUCCAUCAGCUUCACCUGCCAUUCUUCCAGAGUGGGUAGAUCUUGUGUCUAACCCUAACCCUAACCCUUUCUGAGGAAGUCUCAGGUUGUAGCACAGUGCAGUUUUUUUCCUGAUUCUCCUUUGUCAUCCCAGAUUUUCUGCAUUCCUAUUUGUUCUUUUCUCUCACCAAAUUUCAGUUGGUUCAGGCUUCACUAUUUUCUUUCUAAAGCAUUACUUUUUUUGCUUUUUGCCUCGACUAAUAUUGUGUUUGGAUUUUUCUGGAUCCUGUGGCACACAUCUAAGACCCCGGGAGUCUCUAGACUGGUAGCUAUGUUCUUCUCUUAAACUCAAAGGCAGCUAAUUAAACUAAUUAGGGCAGCUGGGAUCAUGGAGUCAGCUUAUUAAUGAGAGGGCUGGCAGAGUUUAGCUGGGCCAUUGUAGGAUUCAUUAUAAUCUUGUAUGUUGUGAACCUGGCAUGUAAUAGCUACUUAAUCAUUUCUUAGAUUCUCCCCUCAAGAUGCAUUUAUGUAUUAUGUGCACAUAGUUUUCCUCUUUGAUAUAUUGAUUCUCUUUUUCAUAAACUAAAAUGCAUUCACUAGACUUCUGCUGAUGUAGUUCAAGUAAAUCUUUCUGAAUGGAUUAUAGCCCCUCCGGCUUAAUUUGGCCAUCCUCCCUCUCGCUCAUUGGGGCAAGAGAAGAGCCUCACUUCCAGCCCCUGCUGCUUUUCCAGGCUGGAGCCCACAGAAGCUCCUGCCACCACCAGGGUGGUAAUUUUUAAGGUGCCACAGGAAUCUUCUUCUGCUCGGUGUUUUCCCAUAUGACUCAAAUUUAAAGCCCUAAACGGCCUUGACCCAGUAUACCACCCCCAUCGCUCAGCCUGGGCACUGAGGUCCAGCUCUGAGGGUCUUCUGCUGGUUUCCUCACCGCAAGAAGCAAAGUUACAGGGAACCAGACAGAAGGCCUUUCCAGUAGUGGUGCCCUCCCUGUGGUGCCAAGGAAAUAAAGAACGACCUGAAAGCAGCCCUGCUUAGGGAAGCUUUUUAAGGAUUGAUGUUUUAAUCACGUUUUUGUAUAUCUUGGAAGCUGCCCAGAGUGGCAGGGGAAACCCAAGCAGAUGAGCGGGAUAUAAAUAAUAAAAUUAUUAUGAUUAUGAUUAUAAUUAUGAUUAUGAUUAUAAUUAUGAUUAUGAUGAUUAUGAUUAUGAUUAUCAUUACCGUUAUCAUUAUCAUUUUCAUUAUCAUUAUUAUUAAAUUCCACCUUUUCUACUUGUUUAUCCUUGAAGGUCCUCAACCAAAUAUUUUGGAACAUACAUCUUCUUUAAGAAAACAACCACGCACGCAAACAUGAAAUGCAAUUUCUUCCAUCAGCAUCUUUUAAAAACAUGAAAUAAUAGAAACAGGAAACUUGUGGAAGCACCUGUCUCCUCAGAAGGAGGCUGCCUCCUCCUGGCCCAAAAGCUGCUCUGCCCCUCCUGUCAGCCAGCCUUGCUUUCCUCUGGGCUGCAGAGCAGGGAAGGGACUGGCCAUCUCCUUCCGCUGCAAGCUGCCCUUGCGUGUGCCAGGGGAGGAAGGAGAGGAUCCGAGUUGUGUCACUCAUCCCCCUCUCCUAGGUGAUUGUGAAGAACCUCUCCACCGGGAUGCGGGUCGUGUUGAAAUCCCACUAUGGCUAUGAGAUUGACGAGGUGAAGAUCCUGGGGAAGGAGCGCUACCUUGUGGCUCACACCUCCGACACGCUGCUCCUGGGGGACCUCAGCUCUACCAAGCUCAGCGAGGUGAGCAUCCUGCGCCUGCGGGGAGGAAUUUGGCAGCCUCCCAACAGGCUCCUGGGGUCUUCGCGCAAGAGAGCACCGGCGUGUUCCCAGAGAGCCCAGAGGACUGCAAACAAGUGGGGCAGCUUGGCGGGAGGGCAGUGGGGGUCUCUGGGUCUGUUUGGCGGGGAGUGGGCUGGGGGAUGGGGCAGCCUUGUUGAGGGUGGUGUGGCUGGCCUGGAGCUCAUGGGCACCUGCCCUCUCCGCCGUCUCUCUCAGGUCGCCUGGCAGGGAUCUGGCGGGAAUGAGAAGUUUUUCUUCGACAAUGAGAAUGUAAGUUGGCAGGGCCUGCAGUAGUACAAGAAGAAGCCUUUUCCUUCCUUCCUUCCAAGGAUGAAGGUUCUGGCCGGUCUGCAAGGAAAGCAGCGGUAUUGGGGGAGGGUAGCCCCGUGGGUUGCUCUGGGGGUUUGUCCCUACACCACAGGGCCUCUUUUGUGGGGCAGGGGUGGCUCCUUUCUUCCUUCUCCCAAUCUCUCCUUUUCCCUAGGUCUGCAUGAUAUUCAACGCAGGGGAGCUGACCCUGGUGGAGUAUGGGAGCAAUGAGAUCCUGGGUUCUGUGCGCACUGAGUUUAUGAACCCCCAUCUCAUCAGGUGAGUGAGGAGGCCCUCUUUCUCCCAUGGGAAAGAAGAAGAGGGAGCAGUGCCCCCCCCCAUGUAUUAUGUCCUUUCUCUCUCUCUCCCAGUGUCCGCAUCAAUGAAAGGAGGCAGCAAGGAAUGGAGGAAAACAAGCGUCUGGCUUACUUGGUGGACAUCAAAACAAUAGCGACAGGUGAGCGGGACCCCCUUCCCAAAACUCCCCAUCCCCCUGGCAGUGCUUCAGGCUGCCCCAGGCGCCUCUCCUGAGCCACCUGCCUCUUCUCUGCCUCUUCUCAGUGGACCUCGUGGGCAGCUACAAUAUUGGCACCGUCAGCCACGACAGCAAGAUUGACUGGCUGGAGCUGAAUGAGACCGGGCACAAGUUGCUCUUCCGGGACAAGAAGAUGAAAGUGAGCAGGAGGCCAAGGGUGGAGGGGGGGCUGAAGGCACGAAGGCCGGCGGACUUGCCUCCCUCCCCACCUCCGCUGAUCCUGCGCCUCUUCUCCCCCGCCCCCCAGCUGCAUCUCUACGACAUUGAGAGCGCCACCAAGACCACCAUCCUGAGCUACUGCUCCUACGUGCAGUGGGUCCCCGGGAGCGACGUCGUGGUGGCCCAGAACCGGAACAGCCUCUGCGUGUGGUACAACAUCGACACCCCCGAGCGAGUGACCAUGUUCCCCAUGAAGGUGAGGCGGCUUCUGUCCCGAAGGGCUGAGAGGGCCCGGGGGGGGGCCGAAGGCAGGGCUUAAGCCUGGGGCUUGGCUCCCGGCAGGGUGACAUCGUGGACCUGGAGAGGGGCAACGGCAAGACGGAGGUGAUCGUGACCGAGGGGGUCAACACCGUGUCCUACACCCUGGACGAAGGGCUGAUCGAGUUUGGCACCGCCAUUGACGACGGCGAUUACCACAGGUGGGCGGCUGGGAGAGGAGUUGGGGGGGGGGGUUCCGUCACCAGCAGGAACCUGGAACCGGCCAGGGAACAGUCCCUGGCAAGGCCUUGGCAGAGAUGGAGCAAUAUGGGAAGAUACAGAAGGGGUGCAGACCAGCCAGAUUGGUAGAGUAUAAAUCAUAAAAUUAUUAUUAUUAAAAAGGAUUGUGGAGUAUUACCUCAAUAUACGAUCACAUAUAGUAUAAAAAACCUUUAUUUAGGAUCAUUUUAAAUAUAUCAUUAAGUUGAUGGUAUUGUAAACAAUCAGUUAAUUAUUCUCUUAUAUCUUCAAAUCUUUUUAAUUUCAACUCAUGAUCUAUUUCUAUUAAUAAUUCUUUAUAAGAUACACAGUCUUUUCUCACAUUUGCUUUUUUAAGGAUAUCCCAUCCAGUGGGUUUGAGCCACCAGGGUGUUUUUUGUUCUCAUAAAAUUUUACAUUUCCCCCAUACUUCAUACACCGCUUCCCUUACUGCAUGAUUCAAAAAAGCUUUAUGAACUUUUUAAAAAGCUUUCAUAACGAAUUCAUGGGGGGGGGGGGAAGGAAGUUCCUUCGACCAGCUGGGCUUCCCCCUCCCUGUUAGCGGCCCCGAUCCUCACCCCCUUCUGCCUUCCACGCCCAGGGCUGUUGCCUUCCUGGAGACGCUGGAGAUGUCUGCCGAGACGGAGGCCAUGUGGAAGACGCUGAGCCGCCUGGCUCUGGAAGCCAAGCAGCUGCACAUUGCAGAGAGGUCCGUGGGGAGGGCGGAAGAGGCGGGCUGGCCCCAGAGAGCAGCUGGCAGCCCCAGGGCAGUGAGGCAGCAGCCUGGGGGCUGGUUGGGGGAUUCCUCACGGCUCUCUGCCCCCUUGCACCAGAAAACGGCCUGGCUUAGUUCUACACGCCAACCAGGCGUCCCGGGACUCUGCUCACCCUCACCUACAAAGGGAGCUGCACCUCUUCCCAUGUCACCCACUCAGUCGUGUUUCUGUGUGGGGCAAGGAUGGCCAAGCGGACCCCGCCCCACACCCUUUCCCAUUGCUGCUUCUGCAUGAGAUUCAGGCUGCACAAACUGUCACAUGACCCCCAUGACAGCCUCUCUCUCCGCCCCCCCACAGGUGUUUUGCUGCUCUGGGCCACGUCUCCAAGGCCCGCUUUCUCCACGAGACCAACGAGAUAGCUGACCAAGUGGCCAAGGAAUAUGUGAGUGGGUCCCGGGGUGGGGGGUGCUGCCGCUUUGCGCCCCUCUGUGCUCCUGACCUGCUCCUCCCCAGCCUCGCCUCCGUCCCGCAGCCCCCACAGCCCCUUUCCCUGCCAGGAGGUACCUGUGCUGCCCCUUGCCCUGCCCUUCUUGCCCACGGCAGAGCCCCUCCCCCUGCCCUGGCAUCCCAUGUCCUGAGAGCUGCCCGCUUUCUUCUAGGGAGGGGAUGGCACAGACUAUUACCAGGUGCGUGUCCGCCUGGCCAUGCUGGAGAAGAACUACAAGCUGGCAGAGAUGAUCUUCCUGGAGCAGGUGAGCCCAGAAGUGGGCAGGGGGCGUUGUGGGCAGCUCCAGAGUCCCCCAUGCCCCUCUCACGCUGGGCUGUCUCCUCUCCUCUCUCCAGAACGCUGUGGAGGAAGCCAUGGAGAUGUAUCAGGAGCUCCACAUGUGGGACGAGUGCAUCUCGGUGGCCGAGGCCAAGGUAGGGGGGCAGGUGUUUGGGGAGGGGGCCACUGGGGAGCCGUCACAGCCCGGCCCCUUGUGUGCUGCCACCCUCCUUCCCUCUGCCCACAGGGCCACCCUGCGCUGGAGAAGCUGCGCCAGGGCUACUACGAGUGGCUGCUCCAGACCCAGCAGGAGGAGCGGGCGGCGGAGGUGCAGGAGGGCCAGGGGGACCUGCAGGCGGCCAUCGGGCUCUACCUGAAAGCAGGGCUGCCGGCCAAGGCGGCGCGUCUGGCCACGGGCCGGGAGGAGCUGCUGGGCAACACCGACCUGGUCAACCGCAUCGCCACGGCCCUCAUUCGAGGGGACCUCUUUGAGCAGGUGAGGGCUGAGAGAAGCUGCAUGGAGGGGAGAUGCGGGCGCCUGCAGACUCACUCCCGGCUCCACCCCGGAGCCCUUCUGGCAGGGGCGGAGGGGGCGGGUGCCCCGGGUGUCACCACUGAGGGGGGUGACAAAAUACCGGGCAGCAUUCACCGCGGGGCCUGCAGUGCACCCGAGCCACGCGUCUCUCCUGGGAGUGACAAUGGUCUGCCUGCCGCCUCCCCCUCAGUUGUAAGGCGGCAGAGGGGAGGAGACAGGCAGACUCCUCGGAGGCCACGCAGAGCGUCCUGCCCCAGCUGGCCCCACCCUCGCCCCUGGGCACAGGGCAUGUGCACCACCCCAGCCCCUCGCUUGCUCACCUUUCUAAAAGACCCACCUGUUGUUCCCUCUCCCCCCCCCCGUCUCAGGCUGGGGAGCUCUUUGAGAAGAUCCGGAACCCCCAGAGGGCCCUGGAGUGCUUCCGCAAGGGCAGCUCCUUCCUGAAAGGUAUUGCGGGGCCUCGCCUGGCCAGCUCCCGUGGGUGGGCGGGCAUUUCAUAUAUUUAUUUAAAGUUGACCAACACCCUUUCCCCUGAACGAGGCAAAAGAAGCCAACAGAGUCCUUGGGCACAGCUCCCCCUCCCUUGAUCCCGAGGAGGAACAGCAGUGGAGGCUGCUGGGUCUGGCCUGUGAUUUGCAGCUGUGGCCCCUCCUGCCCAGGCUGGCUGCCUCUCUGCUCCCUGGAGUGCUAGUCCUGGGCCAGGCCCCAUCCUGGCCCCAGGCUGCCUGCCCAUGUCUCCGUCUCCCCCCCCCUGCAGCCGUGGAGUUGGCGCGCUCCGUCUUCCCCGCCGAGGUGGUGAAGCUGGAGGAGGCCUGGGGGGACCACCUGGUGCAGCAGAAGCAGCUGGAUGCUGCCAUCAACCACUACAUUGAGGCCAGGUACAAAGGCAGCUGGGGUGGGGGCCCUCUGCCUGCCCGCCCUGCAGCCUCCCCCUUGGGCUCCUCUCUCCUGCCACGGGAACCUGGCCCUGGGGAGAAGCCUGGCCUCUUCCAGGUGAUUCCUGCCUUGCAGGGGGGUGGACUGGGGGGCCCUUCCAAUUCCUCGGUUCCACGGUGCAGGUGCGCCAUCAAGGCCAUUGAGGCAGCCAUUGGGGCGCGGCAGUGGAAGAAGGCCAUCUACAUCCUGGAGACGCAGGACAAGAAGACGGCCAGCAAGUAUUACCUCCGCGUCGCCCAGCAUUAUGCCGCUCUGCAGGAGUAUGAGGUGAGAGCCUCCUCCCUAGCGCCCCGAGCACCAGCCGUUGUCCUGUGGGCAGGAGCCUGACAGGAACCUCCUUCCCUCCUCCUUCUCCAGAUAGCGGAGGAUCUGUACGUCAAGGGAGACCACAGCAAGGAGGCCAUUGACAUGUACACGCAGGCGGGACGCUGGGAGCAGGCGCACAAGGUGAGGGUUUGCGCUCGGGGGACUCAUCCCACUCGGAGGCUCCGGCUGCAGAUGGCCAUCAAAACCCACAGAUCCACAGCCAGGCCUUCAUGGCAGGCAGUGCAGGAGUCACAGACACAGGAGUGUCCUUUGGCUGUUCCUUGAGCUGCAGCUAUGAGGCCCUCUGGAAUCAUAGACUGGUAGAGUUGGAAGGGACCCCCAGAGUCAUCUAGUCCAGCCCCCUGCAGGGCAGAAAUCACAACGAAAGCACUGAGGGACCUUGCAGGGUCUUCCUCUAUUCUGGUCUCUGGGAAGCAGAAGGAGAAGGAAGGGGUGGCAUUUGGACUGGCCGGCCCUGUUUGCCCCAGUGGCAGGCAUUCUUGGGGGUGCUCUUCUCUCCUGCGGGUCCCUCCUUCCUUCUGGCGCCUGCUCCCAGCCCCGACUCUCCUUGCAGCUGGCGUCCAAGUGCAUGCGGCCCGAGGACGUCUCUGUGCUGUACAUCACGCAGGCCCAGGAGAUGGAGCGUCAGGGCAAGUACAAGGAGGCCGAGAGGUGGGUGCUGCGCAGGCUCCUUGCUGGGGUGGGGGGCCCACACCCUCCUCCUCCUCCUCCUCGCCCUCAGUGCCCAGCUCUGCCCUCCCCAGGCUCUUCAUCACGGUGGACGAGCCGGACCUGGCUAUCACCAUGUACAAGAAGUGCAAGAUGUACGAUGAGAUGAUCCGCUUGCUGGGCAAGUACCACAAGGACCUGCUCAGCGACACUCACCUCCACCUGGGCAAGGUAGGUAGAAGACAGCGAGGGGGGCAAGGAGGAGCCAGGCUCAAGGGGCGUCACUGGUUUAUUUGUGCCCCAGGAGCUGGAAGCUGAGGGGCGCCUGCAGGAGGCGGAAUAUCACUACCUGGAGGCCAAGGACUGGAAGGCGAGCGUCAACAUGUACCGCGUCAACAGCAUGUGGGAUGAAGCCUACCGGGUAAGCAAGGGCAGCUCCCAGCAUGCACUGCUCCACGGGGGCAAUGGGCUGAGCCAUCGCUCUGACCCAGAGCGGUCCAAACGGAGUGUCGCGGCACGUCAGCGGGUCUGCUGCACUCACCAGCGUAGCUAACCGGGGGUGGGGGGGGCGCACUAGGCAGCACGUGGGGGGAGGGUGGCACAGCUCCAGGGAGGCAAGGCCAAGCGGCGCCCGGCUGCCCUCUGGGCUGCUGGUGGUGGCAGCGGCUCUUCCUCUCAGCCUGUACUUGCCCCACGUUCCACCUCUGGGCUGGGCGAGAGGGCAGAAGAGCGAGAGGGCGGAGGCCGGGGCCGGGCCACGAUGGAGGGCUGGGGAGGAGGUGGCUCUGGCACUCCUCUCCCAGCCUCAUAUGACAGCUAGGCAGUUCCACUCCUGGGUCAUGCCUGGAAGCAGCGGAGGGGAGAGGAAGCGGCUGCAUAUCUCCGCCCCCCCGCCCCCCCGCUGGGCUGUGUGUUGCACAAUGGCUCAGCACCACCAGGCUGAGCACUCCCAGGCCAGGCUUGCCGAGGGGGGGAAGCGAUGGAGGGAGAAGCAGCAGUGGGGGCAGCAUUCCUUUCCUGCUGCCCCUCUCCCCAGCUGUGCUCCCUCCGUGCCGCCCCCUGGGUGCCCUCACCCAGCCGUGCCUGUGCCCGUCCAUCCCAGGUGGCAGUAGGGUGAGCUACGCCAGUGGCAGCGGUAUGUAGAUGUGUCAUGCGAAAGCUCCCUGCUCACCUCCUGGGGCUGGAAAGGGGUGAGGUUAACCUCCAGUUUGCUAGGAAAACUGAAUUGCUGUGUUGCAAAAUGAUGCGUGUCUAGAAAGUGUGCCACCAACAUGAAAAGUUUGGCUAGCGCUGCUCUAGCCUGUCCAAAGGGGGUGUUGGAGGAAAGUUGGUUCCCGUGUCCCUCCCCCCCCCAUGCCCUGUACAGGCUUACUCCUGGGGGGAUUUAUUUAUUACUAUUAUUUAUUAAUUGUGUUUACUGCCCUAUGGCUGUAGACCUCAGGGUGGUUCACAGCAUAACUGAAGGAUUGAGGGUUAAUUCGUAGAUUAAACCUUCCUAUGUGUGUGUGAGAAAUACAAAAAGUCAAUGGGCUGUGAAGCAUUUUAGCAGAGUAAAACACUUAAAGGUUUUGCAGUUUGCUAAAGCUUAGGAAUUAGCCAAUUGCACCUUUUUAUCCCCUUUAUUUGUGGUCUGCUGACCUCUAUCUCUUCACCCCUGUUGCAGAGAAUGAGCCAUUUGUUUUUAGCAAGAUAAACAAACAAACAAACAAACAAACAAAAAGGUUUAGUUACUCAGUGCAGGCAGCAAAUGCAGCAAAGCAGUAUGCAGAAAAAAGAGCUGCAGCAAAGCACCUUUGCUUAGCUUGGAAGUGUGGUGAAAAGACAGUCUCCUGAGAGGCGGAAGGAAGUUAAAGGAUUAUCUCGUUGGUUACAGAAUUCCUGCCCAGAGAAGGCAAGGAAAGUGGGUCACACAGAGGGUCCUUUCUGGGGAGUUUCAGAACUCUCUGUGCUCUCGCCCUCUGCUUGUCUAGCAAAACACAGUUGUGAUUUGGCUGCAAACCCCACAGAGAGAGGCGGGUGGGAGGCCUUCCAUCCUGCCUUGGGCAGUGAGUUGGGGGGCAGGAAGCUUGCUGACCCGUGGCCUCCUUUCUGCCCUGGUCCGAGACAGGUGGCCAAGGCUCACGGUGGGGCAAACUCCCACAAGCACGUGGCCUUCUUGUGGGCGAAGAGCCUUGGCGGGGAGGCCGCCGUGAAGCUCCUCAACAAGUUUGGGCUCCUGGAAAUGGCCAUUGACCACGCAGCCGACAACAAGUGAGUGAAUGGCCUCAGCUGUGAGUCCCACAUUGGGGGUUGGGCUGGAUGACCCUCAGGGGUCCCUGCCCUGCCCUGUGAUUCUAAGGCAGAAGGGCUUCAGUGCCGUCUUCUGCCCACAUGCCCCUCAUAGUUAGCUUUGCUGCAGCAGGCGUGGCUGGGUAGGACAGGGUCCUUCCAACACCCACCAGUGGCCCCCAUGACCCUGUCCUCCCUGGGGCUGCCUCCCAGCAGGGGCCUGUGGGUGGUGGCUCCACUGCCCAGCCCCUUAUCUUCUCCUUGCUCCUCCUUAGCAUGUUUGACUUUGCCUUUGAGCUGGCCAGGCUCUCCCUGAAGCAGAAGCUGCCAGAGAUCCACUUCAAAUAUGGCUCCUUCCUGGAGGAUGAGGUAGGAGGAGACCUUGCCUGGAAGGCGGGUGGGGAAGCUGCUCUCUUGGGCAGAGAGAGAGGCUAAUCCCCCCCCCCCUGCAUGUAGGGCAAGUUUGAGGAGGCUGAAGUCCAGUUUGUGAAGGCCGGGAAGCCCAAGGAGGCCGUUCUGAUGUGAGUGCCGCCCCCGUCCCCCAAGACGCCUGGCUCGGCCUGCCUGGGAGGAUGCCCUCUGUGGCUCCUCUCCCGGCCGCCUCUCCUUCCCGCCCUGACCCUGUGUGCUCCCCCAGGUACGCCCAUGCCCAGAACUGGGCGGCCGCUCAGCGAGUGGCCGAGGCGCACGACCCGGACAGCGUGGUCCUUGUGCUCGUGGGCCAGGCAGACGCCGCCUUCAAGCAGAAGGAGUUCCAGAAGGCCGAGGCACUGCUGCUGCGGGCUCAGCGCCUGGACCUGGCCGUGAAGCACUACAAGGUAGCGGGCCGAGGAGGGCGGGGAGGGCACAUGCGCCAGGCUCUGGGCCCUGGCAGAGGUCCUUUCUCGCAGGGCACCGUUGCUCUGGGGCAGCUGCCUUCCGAGGUGGGGCGUGGUGUCCCCCUGCUCCCCGGAUGCUGAGGCCGGAGGGGAUCCUGUGACCCUGCCCUGGCUCUCUCUCCAGGAGGCUGCCAUGUGGAGUGACGCUCUGCGCGUCUGCAAGGAGUUCCUGCCGGGAGACCUGGAGGCGCUGCAGGAGGAGUAUGAGCAGGAGGUGGCCAAGAAGGGGCCCAGGCAAGCAAAGCCGGGGGGCGGGGAAGGGGGGCAUGUGACCUGGCUGCCCAGCUGUUCCCAGGGGCCUAGAAUCAUAGUUGGAAGGGACCCCCAGCCCCCGGCGGUGCAGGAAUCUCAGCUAAAGGCUGCACCCAGUUGCUGCUCUGGGGUCCAGCAACUGCACGCCCCCUCCUCCACCACGGAGGCUGCCUGAUUCAGGAUACCGCAGUGGCCCCCAACGCCGGUGAUGAGUGCCUGCCCAGGGAGGCUUUAGUUGCAGGCCCUGCGUUUCCGGGGGCUGGACUAGAUGACCCUUGGGGGACCCUUCCAACUUGACAGUUCUGGGAGUUCUUGUUUCCACCUAAGACAUCUGUGUGACUCAAGGCGGCGUACAAAAAUGUCAAGCCUCCAAGACGGCAAGAUGAAGAAGGGUGCCGAAACCCCUUGAACCUGUCCAGGGCGAAGGUUCCUGAAGUCAGUGAAGUCUGCUCUUUGGGGGGGGCAGGUUGCAGGGACCCCCGAGCUCUCCUCCUCCUCCUCUCCCCCGUCCUCGGGCAUUGAUUUGGGUGCUGUUGGCCGGCAGGGGCGUGGAGGGGAUCCUGGAGCAGGCGAGAGAGUGGGAGCAGGCGGGCGAGUUUGCCCGGGCCGUGGAUUGCUACCUGAAGGUGCGGGACCCCGGAAACAACCCCCUGAUGGAGAAGUGCUGGAUGAAGGUGCGUGUUGCUCUCGCUGCAGGAUCCGUUCCCUGCCAGGCCCCAUGGGGGCCUCUGGAGCCAGAGGGCUGUGCCCAACUCACCUCGGGAAACGGUGUCCUCUCCUUUGCCAGAGACUUGUAGCAGAGAUUGGGCGCCUGUCUGUCCGGGGUGCUGUCACUGAGAUCCCUGUGGUGCAGCGGGUUGGACUAGAUGACCCUGGGGGCCCCUCCCAACCCCACAGGUCUGUGAUUGUGCCUCCCCCCCUGCAGGCGGCUGAGCUGUCCAUCAAGUUCCUUGGCCAGCCGCGGAGCAUCGAGGUCAUGCGGCUGGUGGGGCCCCAGCUGGUCAGCAUUGGGAAGUUCAACGUGGUAAGGAAGGGCCAGGAUUUGCAGGGGCUGGGCAUCUCUUGGGGGAGGGGGCUGGCCUGGGAUGAACCAUGGGGGGGGCCUCCAGACUCCUGGCCCCGGCUGAGCCCCCCACCUCUGCCCUCCCAGGCAGCCGAGCUCUACCUCAACCUGGACCUCAUCAAGGAAGCCAUAGAUGCCUUCAUGGAGGGAGAGGAGUGGAACAAAGCCAAGCGGGUGGCCAAGGAGCUGGACCCCAGGUAGGUGGGGGGGGGAUCCCCCAGGAAACCCCCUUCCCUCUAGGCCAGCCAGGGCCGCUGAGGUAGCCCUCAGCGUCCUCCAGCUCAGGGUGUCUGACCUAUUGCUGUUAUUAUUUAUGAAAUAUUCGCCUAUCGCCAUAUGAACUGGGGGGUGUUGCACUGUUUACUAUGUUACGUAUUUUUGUGUUUUUAUUAUUGUAAACCACCCUGAGGGCAGUAUAGCAUUUAAUUUACUACUACUACUACUACUACUACCACCACCACCACAGUGGUACCUCGGGUUACAUAUGCUUCAGGUUACAGACGCUUCAGGUUACAGACUCCGCUAACCCAGAAAUAGUACCUCAGGUUAAGAACUUUGCUUCAGGAUGAGAACAGAAAUUGUGCUCCGGUGGCACAGCGGCAGCAGGAGGCCCCAUUAGCUAAAGUGGUGCUUCAGGUUAAGAACAGUUUCAGGUUAAGAACGGACCUUCAGAACGGAUUAAGUUCUUAACCCAAGGUACCACUGUACUAUUACUAAUUGGUUGCUUUUUCUUGCCAAAGACAACUCAAAGUGACUUGCAGAGAACAAAACCCCACAUAAAUACAUUUAAAUGAAAACAACGCACACACCCCUUUGAAAUAAUAUGUAAAAAACACCCUGCGAGAGCCCACAGAGAGCUUAAGGCCAAAGGGCUUGGAGAAGAGGAUUGCUUUUGCCUGGCUCCUGAAGAUCUGUAGUGAAGGUACCCAGUGAGGCUCCCUGGGGAGUGCAUCCCACAAUUGGGGAGCCACCACAGAAAAGGCCCCUUCUCAUGUUGCCACCCUCUGGAACUCUCAUGAGGAAGAAGGGCUUGGGGGACAGUCGCAGGGUCUGGGUUUAUAGUCCUGAGCCAUUGAAGAGCUGCGCAUGAGGUGGGGUGCCCAGCUGACCCCCUUGCUUCUCCUCCGUGCUUUACUUCUAAGAGCUGGGGGGUGUCUGGAUGGGUUCCUGCCUGCUCCAGAGGGCCCAGCCCUUCACUAGGGGCCCAGAGGCUGGGUUGGGCCCCAGGUAGCUGCAAGGGCCCUUCUCUGCCCGGCUGCAAGUGACAGCCCUUUCCCCUGCGGCAGGUACGAGGAGUACGUGGAUCAGCACUACAAGGAGUAUCUCAAGGACCAGGGCAAGGUGGACUCGGUGAGAUGGGGGGGGUGAUUUCAAACGCACAGCCAGCCCCUCUUGUUCCCUGGGGGGCUCUGCCUCCCACACAUUCAGGCUGCAAAUGGCUGAGAGCUUUCUCCAAGGGCCUCCUAAGGAACUGACCCCCAACCUGCCCCACAUGCCCCCGGUGGUGGGUUUUGAGACCUGCCAUGGGAAGAGCUGCGUGGUUAACCAGCCAAGCCCAGGGUCAGGGCCUUUCGGGGGGUCUUCGUGCCAGAACAAAAGGUGGCAGCCUCUGGGUUGGCUUUGGGGAGGCUGCCCACCCACCAAGGCCCAGGCUGGUUUGGCCCCUCUGGUCAGCGCCUCCUUUCCCCUCCGGCAGUUGGUGGGAGUUGAUGUCAUGGCUGCCCUCGACAUGUACGUGGAGAGGGAGCAGUGGGAGAAGUGCCUGGAGACAGCUGCCAAGCAGGUAUGGGGCAGGGACCCAGAGGGGUGGAGGGGGGGCGCUUGCCUUCAGCAGCAAACCUGCCUCUGCUGCUCCUGCAGCCAAGAGCUCCCACCCAGCAAUACUGGCCGGUGUCUCCACCCGCUAUUGUGGGGCAGGCAAGGUGCUGGGAUGUGGGGCAAAGGCCCACAAUCAAGGGGCUGGGCUGCGGGAGGCACAACCUCUGGCCUCCGACUUGCCACACCGGAGCAGCUGGGAGCCUGGGUCACUUGCGGGGAGGGGUUGGCCAGUCUUCCCCUUCUCCCCACCCCCAGGAAAGGGGAAAUGCUGAGCAUGGGCCCCACCAGCAAAGAAGGGGCCUGGCCUCUGCCCCUCGGAGCCCACCGUGUGUCCCCCUCUCCCCCUUGCAGAACUACAAGGUGCUACACAAGUACGUGGCCCUCUAUGCCACCCACCUCAUCCGCGAAGGCUGCUGGGACAAAGCUCUGAGCCUCUACGUCCAGCACGGCGCUCCCUCCAAUGCCCAGGUAAGUGGAGACCUCCGGUAGGCUCUGCCUAUGGGAAGCCUGGCCGGGCAGCCCCACCCAGGGCCUGUGCCCAUGACAGGGUUGAGCCGCAAGGGGCACAGGCAAAAUGAAGCCUGCCCAACCCACGCAAGGGCAGGGCAGAGGGGCCUGGUGGCCCUGGGGCAGCCUGGCAGCAUCCUUCUGGCUUCUCCUCUCGGUAGGGCAAAGGGGAGCUUGGCUGUGCCAGCCCAGGCUGCCACGGUCAACGAAAGAGAUCAAAUGACAGGUGGGUCCUGCAGCACUGGGGCGGGCAAGGGGGCAGCCCCACCCAGGACAGGCGGUGCACCCGACCCCCAGAGCAGAGACCCUCCAGCAGGUCAGGGUCCCGUCUCAGUUGAGCUGCCCCCGCUGCCCCUCUCGCUCCUUCCUUUCCCCUCAGAACUUCAACAUUUACAAGCGGCUUUUUGUGGAGAUGGUGAACGUGCCUGGCAUGAACUGCGCAGAGGCCUAUCACAGCUGGGCCGACCUGCGAGACGUCCUCUUCAACCUGGUGAGAGCGGCGGCAGCGGCUGCAAAAGUGCCUCAGGGUGGGCUGGGAUCUGGCUGGGGCCGGGGGGCAGAUUCUGGGUCCCCCCCCCCCAGUUUAAGGUUCUCCACUGCAUCUUUGGGGUGAACCGCCUUCCGGGCCAAAUGGGGACCUCUGUAGGCCUGCCAGAUGGAGGUUCCUCCCCUGCUGUGGGUUUGCUUCGCUCUGUAGGGGGGGAGCAUCCAGGUUCCCACCAAACACGUUCUGCUCUGAGGCAGAAAAUCCUGUACCAGAGUAAUAGAAAUAAGGAGUUGGAGAGGGACCCCCGAGGGUCAUCUAGCCCAACCCCCUGCAAUGCCCCCACUUUGGGCAAAAGAUUCCUGCACGGCAGGGGUUGGACUAGAUGACCCUUGUGGUCCCUUCCAACCCUGCAAUUCCAUGAUUCUGUGAAUACAGCAGUUGCAGUUGCUGCUUGCAUUUCUUGGCCCUCCCAUUGAAGGCAGCAAAGGGGUCCUCCCCGUCCCCCGACUGCCCUGCCUUGUGUGCCAAGCCCAGUGGUCCCUUCUCCCCACAGUGUGAGAAUAUUGUGAAGUCCAGCGAAGCAAACACGCCGGCGCACGAGGAGUUUGAGACCAUGCUGGUGGUGGCGCACUACUAUGCCACGCGGUCAGCAGCCCAGAGCAUCAAGCAGCUGGUGAGAGAACGACAGAGGCCCAAAGAGCGGGGAGAAGGGGAGAAGGUCUUGCCCUCAGCUCUGGUUUUCUCCCAUCCACACUUCCUCCUUCCCCAGAGGAAGAGAGGAAAGAGCCAGACUGUCAGCUGCUUCUCCUCCCAUGAAAGGAGGUUCACAUCCUGCGCUGCAGCUCUCCCCUGGCCCAGAAUCCUUUGCUCCCGAGGGCCAGAGGCAGCCAGUUGGGUCCGGGGGACCUUCCUCCAAGGUGGGAGGCCAGUGGGGUGGGAUCCGAGCGAUGGGGAGGGAGGGUGACGACUGUCCCUUUGCCUCCAGGACACUGUGGCAGCCAAGCUCUCCAUUGCCCUCUUGCGCCACACGGAGCUCAUCCCCGCAGACAAGGCCUUCUAUGAAGCCGGGUCAGCAGCCAAGGCAAGAGGCGGGGCAGGGGGCGCCUGGGUCCAGCGGGCAGCUGAAGCCAGGCUGGGGGAAGAGGCUGGGGGUGGGGCUUUGGCCAGUCAGCCCCAUCCUCCCCUGAGGGGCACCAAGAGCCCAGUUGGGGACCCAAGAGGCUGUUGCCUCCCACUGGCCUUUCCUUCCACCCUCUGAGCCACACAGCAGCCAUCGGAGCCAGCCUCUCCUGGUCCCCUGUGCCCAAGGACCUCCCUCCAGAGCAGCCUCCAGGGCCCAGUGGCACCACCCCAGCCGGAAAGGAGCCUGGAGCAACUCCUCCACCCUCACCUAUUCCCCCCCAGCAGGUGGAAAGAAUUUCUGUGCUGUGACGGGAUGAGGACCCCCGCCUGCCCCCAUUCUUAGCCCCUGCUCCAUCUCGGGGUUUGGGCAGCUGCCCAAGCACUGCUGUUCUGAGGUGGCUCCUUCCCCCACCUUAGUCUGCCUGGCCCAGGAGCCUCUGAUGCGGCUGCCAGGCAAGGAAUGGGGUGGAGCCUGGGACCUCCAGCACAACCAGCGGGCAAGAGUGCUUUGGGCUGCCCCCAAUAUCCCUCCGCCCUCCCUGCCCUCCAGGCUGGCAUCCCUCAGCUGGCAGCAUCAGGGGCAGGAGGGGCAGCCAGAGCAGCCUCUCACACCGCCCCUGUGUCCCUGCAGGGCGUUGGGUGGGAGAACAUGGCCUUCAUCUUCCUGAAUCACUUUCUGGACCUGACGGACGUGAGUGUUUCCUUUGGAGGCGGCUGGGAAGGGGGCUUGGGGGAGGAUGGCCUUGGUAAGAAAAAGGCCUUCCUGUGUCUGCUUCCCAGGCGAUUGAGGAGGGCUCUCUGGACGCCCUGGACCACUCCGACUUCCAGAACACGGACAUCCCCUUUGAGGUGCCACUGCCUGCCAAGCAGCACGUCUCGGUGGGUGCCCAGCGACAGCCGGAGGGAGGGAGGGGGAGGGAAGGUGCUCCCUGGGGGGGACACAGAGGGGAAGGCAGCCCUGCACCCCACCCGGCCCUUGCCCUGCGGCCUGCCUGCAUCUGAGAGGCCCCUACACUCUCCCCCCCAUGGCAGGAGGAGCAGCGUGAGGAGACCCGCGACUGGGUCCUGACUGUGUCCAUGGACCAGCGGCUGGAGCAGGUCCUGCCCCGCGACGAGCGCGACACCUACGAGGCCUCUCUGGUGGCAGCCAGCACCGGCGUGCGCUCCCUGCCCUGCCUGAUCACAGGUGAGGGGGAACAGGACCCUCGCAGGGGACCCUGGGGCCACCCAGCCCUGCCCCUGCUCCGUGCGUCCCAGGGGGCUGGCUGGCUGGCUGGCUGGCUGGGGGGCCACUGCUGUGCCCCAUCCUGUAAGAACAUAAGAGGAGCCUGCUGAAUCAGGCCCAAGGACCCACUUAGUCCAGCAUCCUCUUCUCACAGGAGCCAAACAGAUUCAAGCACCAGAGCAACACUCUCCCCUCCUGCAGUUUGCAGAAACUGGGAUUCAGAAGCAUCCCUGUCUCCAGCUGUGGAGGCAGAGCAGAGCCAUUGCGGCUGGGGGCCUGGGAGAGCCUUUUUCUCCUCCAUGGAUUUGCCCCGUCCUCUUUCAGAGCCGUUCAGCUUAGGGGCUGCGGCUGCCUCCUGCAGGAGGGAGUUCCACACUUUAACUAUGCUCCCCGUCCUGAAACGAACAAUAUUCAGCUUCACUGGGCAUCCACAAUUUCUGGUGUUGUGAGAGAGGGAGAAAAACUUUCCUCUGUCCCCCAUGCCAUGCAUUAUUUUAUACCCAAAUCAUCUCUGCCUGCCUUCAAUGCACUGAGAGAUUAGCUGCUUGCAAGUGUGUUUCCUUGAGCCUCAGUCAAGGGUUAAUAAUAAUAGUAAUAAUAAAUUUUAUUUAUAUCCCGCCCUCCCCAGCCGAAGCCGGGCUCAGAGCGGCUAACAUCAAAUGUAAAACACAUUAACAUAAAAUCAGACAAUCAAUUAAAAUACAUCCUCAAAUCAGAUCAGGAUCAGAAUAAAAUCCAAUCAGAUGGCAACCCGCAGAUUAGGUUGCUGGUCUUCUGCGAGUCUCUUGGGGAGGCCUCCCAGCCUGAGCCAGAGAGGGGGUCCACACCAUCUCCAUGCGCAGAGCCCAGGGGCAGCAGCUGUCCCUGCCCCAGCGGAGCUCCCAAGGGAGCUGCCUUUGUUGGCAAAGAGCUGUGCCCUGUCAUGGCGCCUCCAACUGGUCUCAUCUCCGUGCCCCUUGCCAGGCUACCCUGUGCUGCGGAACAAGGUGGAAUUCAAGCGCCCUGGCAAAGAGGCCAACAAGGAGAGCUGGAACAAGUUCUUGAUGGCGGUCAAGGUGAGAGGGAGAGUGGUGUGGUGGGGGGGGGAUCCAGAGUCUGGCCUGGUCCCCACCCUGCCCUGACUUUCCCGCCCUCUCCUGCAGAUGUCCCACAACCCCUCCUGCCAGGACGUGCUCAAGUUCAUCAACCAGUGGUGCGGGGGGCUGCCCGGCACCAACUUCUCCUUCCAGUGACGCAGCCAGGACCUGACCCUGGAGCCUUCCUCCUUUCUAAUUAAAUGUUAUCGUUUCUACAUCUCUCUUGCCAUCUUUCUAACCAGCUGAAGGGAAGAACUGGAAGCAGCCGAAGCAACUCUCAGAGGAAAAACACGGAGGGUUGGAGGGGUCACUCUGUCCGUUACCUGGAGAGAGUCACAUGCCUGCUGAUCCUGGGGCUGGGCUGGGCAGGGAUGUUGAAACCCCUUUGUCCACCCCAGCACCACACUCAGGAUUGAAA